AUGGCAGCGGAGGCCGCGGAGCCGGAUUCCGCGCAGUGCGAUCGUCCAUGGCACCUACGUGAUCCAGGGUCCUCACCUUUACCGAUGAUAACGGAGAUGGUCGAGGCGUGGUCUAUGCGUCAGGAUUGCGGUUGGCACGCGACCAUCCUCAGUGCCGGCGUCGGCGCCUGCGCUGCCGGGCUCGCACCAUCAGCCCCGCCAUCGGAACAGAUGCCCAGGAUGCAGAUGCCAGCGGCAGCGGCGGAUGUGGCGGGAAAACAGGUGUCAGAUGGCGAUAGGGAAGGCCAGGAGCAGGGGCUCGGCAGGUACGUUGGAAGUGAUGACGACCGGUGGCCGUCGCUAGGACUGUACAGAACGGCGAUGCACGUCCACCACCAUGCCCAAGAACAACAACGACGAGACCAUCGACAUUUUGGUCAUCAGUUGGGGCAGCAACAGGGCCAGCAGCAGCAGCAGCAGGAGGAAGGGGUCAAGCACAGUUACACCGUCUCGUGCUGCAGCACUGCCGAGGUGGGCUGGGACUCGGAUCCGGAAGUUGGACGGCUCGGUUGCUACGGCGACGGCGGCAGCGACGGCGGCUCGGCCGCAAGUCAACGGCUCGGCCAGCGGCAGGCGCUCGUCCGAGCGUGUAGUGACGGUGGCACCCGCGCUGAAGCCUCCGAUGGCGGCGGCGGAGACCAUAGCUGUACCUGGCACAGUACAUCACAGCCUCCACAAACGCCACAGCACCACGGCCAGCGGCAGCAGCAGCAGCAGCCAUCUCUUGGGCAGCAACAACAGCAGCAAGGGAUGCAGGAGGUCAUCCAGGUGGCCAUGGUCGUGGAGCGACUGGAUGUGGGCGGGCGACUGACCCACGGGUCGCCUUGGUCGCUGCCCGGCGGCACGGCGUCGGCGCUGGCGGCGCCGCCGGUUCGGGUGCGCCUCUUGCGUCAGCGUAGCGUGGGCAUGACACGAAAGCGGGUGUUGGUGUAG